GAUUAAAUAAUUGGUGAUUGUGAAUUGAAUUCGCAAGGUAAUAUCAUCUAUCGAUCUACUAUCUUUCUAGAAAAUAAGCAAAGCUACUGGAUCGAUUUAAUCUCCUCUCCAUGGGGCACAUGUAUUCCAUUCUUCUUCUCUUUCUGUCAACCUUUCUGUUCCUCUCGCAUGCGAAGGAGCAACGAGAAUCCUUUUAUUGUUUCGACAUUGAGAGGUUCGAACCCAAUCAUAGUAACCUAAUCUUCCAAGGUGAUGCCCAAGUUUCAGCAACAGGGGUAUUAGAAGUUACCCAGAAAAAGAAUGAUGGCGAACCAGUUAAUGGCAGUGUAGGACGAGUGUUAUAUUCUAAGCCAUUCCACAUUUGGAACAGAAGAACGAACAUGUCCAAAAACUUUGUUACCAAGUUGUCCUUCGCUGUGAGAGUGCCAAGCCAAAAACACAGUGCUGAUGGGAUUGCAUUCUUCAUUGCACCACGAGACAGUGUCAUUCCCAAUGGCUCCGUUGGAGGCCUCCUUGGCCUUUUCGGUGACUCAUCUUAUAGCAUGUUCCGACAAACGUUUGCUGUGGAAUUCGACACUUGUUUCAACGAGGACUGGGACCCACGUGGACAUCCCUACCACAUUGGAGUUGAUGUUAAUUCCGUUAAGUCCGACAAAACAGUGCCGUGGGAGUUGCAUAAUGGGGAAAUAGCCAACGUCACCAUAUGGUACAAUGCUUCAACCAACUACCUAGGAGUCACUUUAAUCUACGAUGAAAGUGAUGAAGUAAGGUCGUAUGAUUUGGGUCACACAAUCGACUUGAAGAGUGUUGUUCCGGAAUGGGUUCAGAUUGGCAUCUCUGCCUCUGUAGGCACAUCCCAAGGUUACCUUGAAUCACAUGAGGUUUAUUCCUGGUCUUUCCAUGCAUUCUAACCAACCCAUAUAUAUAUGCCAUGCUUCACUUUCCAAAUAUUAAUUUCAAUGUUUCUACCCAUAUUAA